AUGUGGUCUACGCAGUUGGGUUUGUGGCAGUGGCAGCAGCAGCAGCCACAACAGCAGCAGCAAAAGCAGCAGCAGCAACAUGAGCAGUUCAGCAGCAUCAAAGCAACAGCAGCACCAGCGGCAGUAGCAGCAACAACAGCAGUUGCAGCAGCAUCAGUAGCAACAGCAGCAGCAACAACAAUAGAAGCAGCAGCAACAACAAAAGCAACAGCAGCACCAGAAGCACGAGCAGCAACAGAGCAGCAGCAGCCACUGCAGCAGCACGGGGGCUGGGCUGCAGGCGAGUUUUUUUCAACUAAAAACGAAGGCAACGUGAGGCUGCAGCAGCAGCAGCAGCAGCAGCAGCAGCAGGCCGCAGGGGGGGCUGCAGAAGCCCCGAAGCAGAACUAA